AUUAUUUGUUUAAUGCAAUUAAUUUCUGAUUUUCAAUACAAGCGAAUGUCGACAAAGAUGUUAGGAAAAUUGGCCACAUUUCACCAGCAAAAGCAAAAACUUCAUCAAGUGAUCAAGCAGGCUGCAGGAGACCUCUGUGUGGAUGAACAAAAAAAAAUGAAGCUUAUAAAGGAACAAAUUCAUGACCUUAAGUUUCAGUUGCAUAAUGAACUUCGAAGACGAGAGAUAUUCAAAAGACUUCCAGAAUUGGAAGCGACAGAAGUCCAAUGGAGAGUAACAGUAUUAAGGCUGAGUAAGGAAGAUCUUGUGAGACAAAAGACUUUGACACAACAGGAAGCUGUUCACACACAGCUUUUGAGUUUUUUUCAAAGGUUUAGAGAAAUGGAAGAUGCCAAGAACAAAAAAGCCUUCAAGCAACAUCAAGAGAGAUUAGAAAAUGUUCUGAUUGAGUUAUUGGAUAAAUAUUGGAGAAAACAACACACCAAGGAGUUUGCAGAGGAGAAGGUACGGCGUAUGCAGGGUAGUAACCAGGAAGAUUUUGAAAACUUCUGGAACCCAGUUCUACAUGAACUGGUGAACACUGGAUUCAGAUUUUCAAAGUUUGGAGAAUUUCUUCCUGGAGAGGACUUCGGCAGGAGCUGAUUUUUCAGCCUCUGACAUGGGUUUUUAAAACUCUAGUUUCCUUGUGUUAAUUCAACCCAAUAAAUAGGACACAGCAUAACCCACAAGUAGUCCUGUGCUCCUAUUGGAUACUUUAGGGGAAUUCCCGGACUAAUCCAGAACCUAAACCAAAACGUUAUUGGUCAUAGAUAAGUGGUGUUAGCCGGCCGCCUAUUCACUUGUACUGCUACACCCAUGUGCUGUAACUAAUACUGCCUCAAAGUGCUGAUAUGAUUCACCAAAUCUAAACUUUUCUGCAGCUUUCCUAGUGCUAAGAGAGCGAGGCCAACACUUCAUCAAACUGUCACAUGUAUUGGCGUCCACAUCCUGUUUGUUAUGCAAUAGUUCUUACUAACUCUGCUAUUGACCCUGGGUCACUGAUUUCCAGGCUCGCCUCUCAAACUUAUUUUUAAGUACUGCAUGUGUUUUGCUGCUUACUUCUGAAUGAUGCCUCUUGUAUAACCAAGUUCCUGUUUAUUAAUUUCUCAAGGCUUAUUUCAUAACACAGGCGUCCUAUUGUAGCCUCCUUUUCUUUUUUAUAUCUAUCUUUACUUGCUUGCUUGUAUUAAAACCCUAAAGCUUUUAGUCUAAGUACUUUUAAGUAUUAAAACUCUUGAAGCAAUUGUGAAAUUUCCUCGAAAAUAUCAAGUUGCUUCACAUCCACAGCACUUGCACCCUCAUUGGAGACUAUGUAUUCAUACAAACUACUCGCUUUCUCACAUAUAGCUACACUAUCAAAAGAGACUUUUUUGUUCAUUUGUUCACGGUGCCACACAUUCAAUAAUUUUUCCAUGAACAUAUUCCUCCUAGGCACUUGUGAAACAUUAGCACUUAUAGGGGCAGAAGCCUUAACACUUGCACGGAUUUUCUCUUCACUCCUCCUAAUUGUACAUAUGAAGACUCACUCACGUCAUAUUUCCGGCUUAUGGAUGCUACACUCAUCCCACUUUGUAACUUAUCAAGGAUAUGAAUUUUCUCAGCUAAUGUCAUAACUUUCCAGCUUUUCUUUGCCACACUAACACUUGGAGAUACUUUACGUUUUGAUUCCAUACUGCUAUAUAAGGGUAAUUACGAAAAGCAGCAAAGAAAUGGCAAACAUAAAUUGACUGCACUGCACCGAAUUUCCCCUAAUGUUACACACCUGACACAUUUUCUCUUGGCAUCUUCUCUAUUUUAUUCACCCCACCCCGGUAAUGAUGCACUGAAACGUAAAAUACUCACUAUAAAAUUGUCAUUGUUCAGACAAACC